AUGACUCUGUGCAAGCAAAGCUAUAAGGGUCUAAUGCACUUAGUCAAGAACAAAGUGCAAGAGAUUGUCCAUCAAGAUAUUGCUUAUGCUGUCCACAUAGUAAGCCAAUUUGUUCAGGAACCAACUUCUGUUCACUAUGCUGCUGUUCUUCGCAUUCUCCGCUAUCUUCGUGGCACUAUUAACCAGAGUCUUUUCUUUUCUUCUACCUCGGAACUUGCACUUCGAGCUUAUUCUGACGCUGAUUGGGCUGGGGACCAUACUGAUCGUCGAUCCACCACGGGUUAUUGCAUCUUUCUUGGUGAUUCGCUUAUUUCCUGGCGAGCUAAGAAACAGAAUAUUGUCUCCAAAUCUAGUGCCGAAGCUGAGUAUCGUGCUAUGUCUGCUACAGCAUCUGAGAUUGUUUGGCUUCGUCGUCUUCUUGGUGAUAUUGGCAUUACUUGCUCUACUCCGACACCUCUGUAUUGUGACAAUCAAAGUGCCAUCAAGAUUGCUAAUAAUCCGCUUGCCGACUUCUUCACAAAGUCUCAUACCACACAACGUCAUCAUUUUCUUUUAUCCAAACUCUCGGUGUUUAACCCACCUUGA